AUGUUCAGUGCAAACCCGUUGCUCAUGGAAUUCCUUGGAAUUGAAAUCGCCUCCCACUAUGACCUGUUUGACGAUCCUCAGAUCGGAUUCGACGUGCCAUUUGUGGCACAUGUCGACAUUGCAAUGGAACCCAGCAAUAUCUUUCAUUUCAUUGGAUUGUAUUUCAACCACAUGGCUGUUGGAGAGCACCUUCCAGGAAUGUUGCAACGUGAGGCUCGAGCACGGUACAACGCAAGAGGUUUCGCCAAAGAUCCUGUGGGACUCGUAGAGUUCAUUAGCUAUAACUGUACAGAGGGGUUAGGGAACUCAAUGACCACUGAGUUGUUCAUCCCCGCUGUUGUGCUGGAUGAUGCAAGAAAUCGCAAGCCCUUGUUCAUACAUAUUAUCGCUGUCGCAGGCACGUUGUUUUGUGCACCCAGUAAUAUGACAUGUCUAGAGUAUCUCAAUUUGUAUAUUCGGGCGGAUGUGCAGAACCAGUUGUAUUUGCGGGCUAAAAUGACAAAACAAGACAGGGAAGUCAUUUGCGCUGCAGGUCGCAAUGAGGAUGCACUUCCGGUUCGUAUCCUCAGAAAGAAGAUGGAAAGAGAACACCUCUAUGCAAAUAUUCUCAUGCAAAAUGGGCAAGUGCAACCCAAGACCCGUUAUCCCCUUUACUUUUUCCUUGCUUUUGUUCUUGGCUGUUUGUUCUGGGUUUUCGCCACAUAA